AUGCCUGGCAAGACGAAUGGGACAGCGAAUGGGAGUGCGGAGCGACCGUUCGUGGGUUUCGACCCGGAAGAUCCGGAAUACAUCAAGGAGCUGCAAAGGCCUGCAGCAAUCAAGGAGGAUUUAUCGGAGAUGGAAAGACGAAAACGGGUACAGGAGGUGCUGGAGUCAAAGAGCUUCUGCAGGGAGCUUGAGGAACUGAUAAAGCAGGAGAGUGAAAGCCAUAAAAGUGACCCCGAUCACUUGAAAACGCUGCAGCGCCUCUCCGAAUUGACCCUUCCGCAUGGCCAGAUUGCAGCCUCCAGUCUUCAUAAUAUCGGAGCCGGUGCUGUUUUGCCGAUUGCCGAUCUGCGAGGAAGUGAUAAAUACACGAAACUGGAGAAACUCCUGAGGAACAAGUUGGCCUCGUUAUAUCGUCUAGCCGACCUUUUUCAGUGGUCACAAGGAAUAUAUAAUCAUAUCACUUUACGAUUGCCAGAUUCCGAUGAAAUCUUGAUCAAUCCGUUCGGCCUACUCUACCAUGAAAUU